AUGGUGGCGAUGCUGCGGUUCGUCACACUCGUGGCGCUGCUGGCUGUCUCCUCUGCAGUCGACAACCCGACCGUGCAGCUGCCGCUGGGCUCGCUGCGCGGCACGCGGCUCAUGUACGAGGGCAGGGCGUACCACGCCUACCGCGGCGUGCCCUACGCCGAGCCCCCGGAGCGUUUCAAGGAGGCAGCGCGGAAGCGUCCCUGGAGCGGAAUGUUGGACGCGACCGAGGACGGGCCGAGCUGCCUGCAACGCGAUGCCUACGUGGACGAUGGGGACGGCGCGGAGUACAAGGGCGACACGGACUGCCUCUUCCUAAACGUGUACACCCCUGCGGUGAAAGGCGAGCGAGGCUUCCCUAUAAUAGUGUACAUACAUGGAGGGGGCUAUACGAGCGGCCAUGCCGGUUCGGAGUGGGUCAACCCCCAGUACUUCAUGCUCAAGGAUGUGGUCGUUGUGACCGUCGCCUACAGACUGGGCGUCUUUGGUAGCAGGCACUUCCUUUCGAUAGAAGGGUACGCGCUGCCGGCAGGGUUCCUAUGCACGGGCGACGACCAGGCGUUGGCCAACCUGGGGUUGCGCGACCAGUGGUUGGCUCUGCGCUGGGUGCGCGCGCACGGCCCGGCCUUCGGCGGCGCCCCGGACCGCGUCACGCUCAUGGGUCACGACGCGGGCGCCGCCAGCGUCCACCUCCACAUGCUGGCACCCGUCUCCAGGGGUCUGUUCUCGCGCGCCAUCUCCCAGAGUGGCGUGUGGCUGGACUGGUGGCUUGGCGCGCAGCAGCCGCGGCAGAGUAACAAUGUAGGUGUAGAUCGUGUAGACACGGACGAUGUCGGCGUUGCGCAGUUCUGGUCGAUCGAACCGUUGUCGCUGUUCCGGCCGUGCGUGGACACGGCGACCGCCUCUCCGUUCCUGCCGGUGGACCCCCUGCAGCUGCUGGAGGACGGCCAGGUGGCCAGCGUGCCGUGGCUGCUCGGCGUCACCUCCGACCAGGGGCUCUUCCGUCUCGCGGCGUACGCACAGUGGCUGUCUGGAGAGGGAGCCUGCCACGGGGACGACCUGCUACACCUGUUCGAGAUGCCGAAGCUGUUCCCAGAGGCCACCACUACCGAUAAAGAAGCGAUCCAGGCAAUGGUCACCCUCUGGACAAACUUCGCCAAGGAUGGGUACCCAGUGGCGAAUCGCGAACGGCCGAGCGGAGAGCCGGAGUGCUGGCCGGCGGAUAAACCGGAGGCUGCGGGCGCGGUGUGGCCGGCGGCGUCUGAGGACCAGCCGUGGUUCGUGGAGCUGCGCGGCGACCAGCGCAGGGGCGAGCGCCUGAGGGCGUGCCCGCGGCUGCACCUGCCUGCCGUCCACGUCCGCCUGCGCUACUGGGACCAGCUGCCCAUGGCCGAGAACCUCAACCUCUCGCUCAACUACCACAAGGUACAGCCCGACCCGAAGCAGGACACCCGUGAGUACUACGACGCGGCCGAAGAGCCCAGCUCUGCGCCGCGAGUCGAGCUGCACUCACUGCUCUGCGUUUUCCAUUUACUCAUCAUACGUCAUAUUUCUCCGUUGUAUAGUAUCUCGGAACAUGAUCGGUAA